AUGGAGGGACAUACAGCGUGUGUCUUUGGUUCAUCCCUGGUGAUAUUCGGUGGAAAGAACGAUAUUUAUUCCAAUCAUGAGGCACAUUAUUGUAACAAAGUGCGGCUGGUAAAUGAUGUCUCUUUGCUCUUUAAUCGUCAUUAUAAUUUGCAUCAACUUCAGUUGAUGCCUGCGACACCCUCGCCUCGUGGUCGUGCGUAUCACACAGCUUCUAUAUACAGAGAAAAGCAUAUGGUGGUUGUCGGUGGUAUGAUGGAAAAACCUGAUGAACAGCUAAACUGCAUGCGUUCUGUAGAUAUUCUUGAUUUGGAGCUCCAGAGAUGGUUCCACGCAAUUGCUAAAGGUGAUCAGCCCAUCAGUCGCAUUCAUCAUGCAAGUGCUGUUGUUAAAGGUGAUUUGUUUAUUCAUGGCGGAUAUCCGCUUUGUGUGGAUACUAAUGGCGUAUCUAAGGAAUUCCCCUCGCAUCAGUUACUAAGUAUGGGGAAUCUACUUUUUGAUACUUUUGCUCUUAGUUUGGAAACAAUGGUUUGGCGUCGUGUUAAAUCAACGGCUAUUGCUAGACCUUUAUUGUGGGGCCAUUCAGGCGUGGAGUUUAGGGAUACUAUUCUGCUUUUUGGUGGUUUAGACGCUUCAAAGGGACAAGAAGUUGGGGAUUUGGUCUUGUGGGAUAUGCGUAAGCAGGCAUGGCACUGGGCCAAAUGCAUUUCUCCUGUUGCAUCAGCGAUGCACAAGGCUGUGGUGGUUGGAAUGCAUGGUAGUAACCAUGGAGAACCGACACAUAUGCUUGUUUUCGGAGGGAUUCAAUUUUCAACUCAAGAAAGCAUUUCGGAAUUGAGGGAAUUUGAUUUUCAAAAUGCCCAAUGGAAAAUUCUGCACGAUACGGGUGACGUUCCCGCAGGUAGAAUUGGGCAUGUUCUUCUUUCAUACAUGAGUGAUAAGGUACUACUGCUUGGAGGCGUAGUUAGAUCCCCAAAUGGUCCAGUUCAAGACCUCAGUCUAUACAUUUAUCAUGUGCCAACGCGAGAAUGGAAAAGGAUAUUGUUGAGCGACGGUGAGAAACCGCCGAUCAAAGCUGAAACCCACAUGUAUCCUGAGCCAUUUAUUGCAUAUAGUCCUAUCGACCAUGAAGAAAAGAGGAAUGAGCCACAAUUUGAUCGAACUCAGGAAAAUAAGGGCCUUGAAUCGGUAACGGAGGGGACAAAUACACAAUUGCUUGGGAAGCAAUUAGCAAUGUUUCAGAAACCCAAAGAGAUGUUGUAUCAAUCAUUUGCGGGUGAAAAGGCGCAAGGUUUUAAUAAAGGAAAUUUGGGAGGCGGAGGCUUAGAAUCGGACUCGUACGAUGCGCCACCACCACUUCCCUCUGCUGCUUAUACCCCUUCAAGAAAUCAUAUCCAGGGACCAGUCGACGCCGUAGCUAACCAACAAAAAACUGAUGAGAAAGCGAAUAAAAAUAUAAGGAAGCUUCAAAAGAACGCAGGGGGCUCGAAUUUUGUGGGGAGCGUUUCAAAUCUAUCGAAUGAACAGAUUUUUGAUGACCUUGUUCAUCUCAUGAAUGUUAGUCUUUUCGAAGGAGAGAAAAAUGCACCUUUGGAGGAGACAGAAAAUGCCUCUGUCGCAAACACUCUUUCAUACGUCUCCCCUCGGGUUAUCAAAAAAUUAGUGGACUCGGCCCUCCGACGAGAAGCCUCAGGUGAAUUGCCGGAUCACAUUAAUAAUGGCCCUUCAUUAAAAGAUCCCUUUACCUACCUGCGACCAACAGAGGCCGUCUUGCGUUGGCGUCAAGGAUCUUCUGCACCUUGA